AUGACGAAGGUGCUACAGGCGAUUUCUACAGUGAAGUCGGGGAUCUACAUGGGAUCAGCAGGAGUUCCGUGUCGAGAUCGAUUUCUGUGGCUGGGAAAAAUUCCAAAUGUUAUUGGUGCUGUUGAUGGAACCUUAAUACCCAUAAUUGCACCAAGUGAGGCGGAGGAGGUGUAUGUAUGCCGGAAGGGCUACCAUGCUAUAAAUGUUCAAGCGGUCGUGGACCAUGAAAUGAGAUUCACUGAUGUUGUUGCCCAAUGGCCAGGUUCAGUUCAUGACAGCACAAUCAUGGAAAACUGUGCCUUGAAGCAGUGGCUGACAACUACUAACAGCAACUGGCUGUUGGGCGUCAGUGGUUAUGGUUUAAAACCGUAUCUACUAACACCAAUUGGUACACCAAGUACACCAUCAGAGGUUCUUUACAACAAUGCCCAUGUUAAAACCAGACUAGUGGUGGAGAGGGCAUUUGGGAUAUUGAAAUCCAGGUUUAGGCAAGAAAUGAAUGUUCCAACCCCACUUAUCUUGGAGGAGGACGACCAUGACGAACAUGUGUCUGAUGGGCCACUUAAUGGCAAUGGCGUGCAAACGCGGCAAAGUGUAGUCAAUUUAUUAUAA